CCCCGCCCCGCGGACGGCGCUCGCAGCGCACCCUAACCCCAGGCGGCGCGGCGGGUCCCCAGGGGUCUGCGGGCGGCUGAGCGGCCGAGGCACCCGAGCGCGGUACCCACAGCGGGCGGCGGGCAGCCAUGGCGGAGGCCGCGUCGCAGCACUUGUCGCUGCCCUCGAGGCUGCUGGAGCUGUGCGCGCUGCUGGGCGCCUCCCGGGACAGCCUCCAAAGCCUCGAGCAGGUUGCUCAGAAAAAGGGAGUCAAACAUCUUUCUGCUCUUGAUCCAGAGGUCUUGUCCAUUUUCGUGCCUCCUUUUAUCAGUAAAGAGGACAGUCAAAUGGCUGGUGCAAACUGUGGCACUCUCGGUAAAACCAGGAGGCGCUCCUUCAGAAAGAAGAGAGAGAGGCCCAGACCAGAGCAGUGGAAGGGCCUCCCGGGGCCCUCCAGAGUGCCAGAGCCUGAGGAUGUCACCGUCCCGGACGGCGUGGACCUCCUUGCCCUGCCCCAGCUGUGCUUCCCAGGGGGUGUGUGCGUGGCCACUGAACCCAAGGAGGAUCGCGUCCACUUCCUGGUGCUGACCGAUGUCUGCGGGAAUAGGACCUAUGGCGUGGUGGCCCAGUACUACCGGCCCCUGCACGAUGAGUACUGUUUCUACAAUGGCACAACGCACGGGGAGCCAUCCCGGCCAGCUGUGGGCGCUGCUGGCUGCUUCGUGCCCUACGCCGUGUGCGUGGUCUCCAGGUUCCCCUAUUACAACUCCCUCAAGGACUGCCUCUCCUGUUUAUUGGCUAAUCUAAAGCUCUAUAAAGAUUUUGAAGUUGAUAAUCCUAUAAAAGAUUUUGCUGCGAAGCUAUCUUUAAUACCCAGCCCGCCACCUGGACCACUCCAUUUGGUAAAGUAUAUCUGAAAAUUAUAUUGUUUUCUCUUUGCAAAUAGUAAAAGUAAGAUGUUGAAGAUAAUGUAAAUGUUUAAAACUAUUUCUGAAGUUCUAGCUGUUGUAAAUCUAAAAUAAAAUUCUAAGCCUCCUCCCCGCCCACAGCUGACUGACUGGACCCCCUUUUGGCCAAAGGGCCCCCAGAGAAACCCAAAAAACAGAAUUAUUGGCCGGAAUGGAAGGGAGAUCAGACACGCCUGGUUCUACCCUCUCCCUCUUGCGUGAGUGUGUGGGGUGUUUCUGUAUAGGGUUGUAAACUAAAACUAAAAUCCUAAGUCUCCCUACUGACUGAGCACUUCCCUCUUGGCCAACGGGACCCUAGAAAAACCUUAAAAAUGAAAUUCCCGGCCAUGACAGGAAGGAAGGUCAGACAUGCCUUGUUAUGCCCACUCCCUUUUGGAGUUUAGGCACCGCUGACCGGUGUUAGGUUAAAAUGGAGAUCCUGAGACCGACAGAACAGACUCUCUGUGGCCAUAAGAUUCCAAAUUAUGAACAAAACCUAAGGUCACGCAAAGCAAGGGUGAAGUCACUCCUCACCAACCAUAAGGGCUCCUUAAACAGGUAUAACGUAGCUUACUUUCCAACCUGACUCUGCUAUAGCAUCCAUGACAGAUAGCAGACCCUGAAGAAAAUCAAAGUAUUUUACUGCAAAAUAUGUUGCUUUGACAUAUUUUGAAAUGGUACUGCAAAGCUGUCUUUUUGGGGGAAAUUUGCAUCUGUAGAGAAUCUAUUCAUGCAGCCAGGCCUGCCUUUCUCAGCCUUUCCCAGAUCUAGGAGCGAUGAACUGAGAGCCUGACACUUUUAAAGUGUGAAAAGAGACAUUCACCAUCUCUUCCCUCCAAGGGCUGCCACCUGUGAGGUUUCCUUUAUGUAACAAGGGCCUCGGCCCCACACCCCCUUAUCUUGACUCACUCCUUCUUUCCCACUGACUUCAGGUCUUUAGACAGUAGCUCAACUUUCUCAACCAAUUGUCAAGUAAAGAAUCCCUAAAACCCAUUUAUGACUUAUGCCCUCCUUCUCUUUGAGAUGCCCCACCUUUUUGGGCCAAACCAACAUCAUCCUCCAUGGACUGAUGUAUGUCUUUGCCCGUCACUCCUGUCUCUGUAAAAUGCACAAAACCAAACUGUAACCCGGCCAUCUGGGGACCACUCUCCAGACUGUUCCCUAGGCCAUGGCCACUCAGAAUAAACCCCUUUAAAAUAUUUUAGAGAGUUUGAUUUUUCCAUUAACACUGUGCUUAUGUUAUGUUUCUCAAGGUCCUUAUGGAAACAUGUUAUAGACUCUUUCUAAAGGUGAAAAGUUAAAUAUUUAGACUUGAGUUUUGCAGAGCAGCCUGUGAUAAACAGAGCUAGUAACAUGUCGUGGGUGCUUCAGUGGUUAGCACGUCAGUUCAUAGCUCCCUAUGCAGAUAAUACAUGGAAACCUGAAUCCUUUGUAGAAUAAUGUAUUCAAAUUACAGA